AUAUUAUUGUAUAUACAAAAAUCUAAGAUAUGUUAAUUUUUAUAAAUGUAUUGUAGUCUAACAUCAGAUAUUAUUUUAACAUAAAUAUUUUCUAUAUAUGAAAAUAAAAUUUAUUAGCUAUCAAUUUAAUAUAAUUUUAUCAUAUGUAGUUUAAUAUAACAAUUUUAUUUUAACAUGAUUGAUUACGAAUAUAAAAGUAUGCUAGAAUUUUUAUUUUAAAUUAUAUAAAUAAUAACUCUCUAUAUAUAUUAAUGCAUAAUUAUAUUUCAUUUAUAAUCAUGAAAUUACUGAAACUAUUUUUUCAAAUAAUAUAUUGUUCAAAUAUUCAGAUCAACAUAAUAAUAUUCUUUUAAUAUACUUGAUUUUGAUUAUAUAAUUGAUAAAAAUAAGAUAGAAUAUUUAUUUUUCAUUUUUAUAAACGAUAAUUAAAUAUAUUAGGGUAUAAUAAUAUUUCAAAACUAAUUACGAAAUUAGUUAAAAUAUUUACAUAUAAUAUUUGAAAAUUAAGUUCUUGUUAUCAUAUUUUAAACAGAUUUUUCGAAAUUGUUAAUAUAUAUAUAUAUAUAUAUAUUAAAUAUAAUUAAAAUAGUUCAAAUAUCUAAUAUAUUGUUACUCUUAUUUAUGAAAUCCCUAAAAUAAUGGGAAGAAACUGAUUUUAAUUAAUUAUGAUUUUUAUUGUUAGCUUAAAAUAUAAUGUAUAGUUGAAUAAAUAUUGCACAUACUGUAUUUAAAGUUAUAAUUUCUAGUAAGAGUCCAUUUAGUUAAAAAUCACACAUGAAUGAGAAGUCAUGACUUCUCUUUUAAUAUAUAAGAUAUUACCAGUUGGUGGGAGACUUCAGAAUUCCUUACUGUUUUUUGCUAGGGUUACUAAAGUUAAACAUAGCAUCGCUUUAGUGUAGUUUUUUAUGACACUGAUCGCAUAAGUAAAUUUUCAAAGAAGACGGUUUAGACUUAAGCGUAAAGAGAGCUAUAAAAAAGAGUUCUAACGCCUAGGCUAAACUAUAGGCACUAGAAAGCCUACUAACGUCUCUCCUUUUUACUUUUUAUUGACCUCACACUUAAACUCAGUUCCCAUGGCCUUUUCAGCUUGAUUAAAUCAUAUAAAAUUUGUAUUCAAUGAAUGUAGUAGUUCAUCUUUGAUUAAAUAAUAUCUCUAAGUUUAUUUAAAAUCAUAGGACUGCGCAAAUUUAUAGUUUUAAUUAAACCUCGCGCAUUACGUAAAUAUUAGUAUCGUAGAUUUAUAAUAAACACAUGUACAAAGGUACUACGUACUGGUAUGAUAGAGUAGGUUUAUACUUACUAAAUUCAUCUAGGUGAUGUUCUUUGAUUAAUUACGUUUACGCUCAGAUUGGCCAAUUAAACAAAAUCGAUUAGGUGUGUAUUUGUCUUGCUUGGGAUCUAUACUCCACUCGUAUCUCGAUCCAAUGAAGUCUCUCAAUUUCCCAUUGUGACAUCCGGAAUGACGAAAAUUAUGCAAACUAUAUAUAUAAUCGAAGGCCAAAGAGAAAACCCAUUGAGAUAGCAAAAGGGCAUGUCAAGAAGGUUAGAACUGUGGUGUAAGUUUGUACGAAAGUGCUAUCCUUUUGAAUUAUAUUGCCUUAACCAACCAAUUAGUCGGCAUGCAUUAUAACGAAAUUUGCAUCCUCGUGCUGUUGAUGUGGCGUUAUUCAUCCCUGCAGAAUCUCAUUAUAAUAUCGAAAUAUAAUGGUAAACGUUUUUCAUAUUGCCGCAUGAGUUCAUAAUUUGGUGUUUCCUUCAUAUACAAUUGGUUAAUAUUCACAAUUUUAUAUAGGUAGCCGAUCUUACCCGAAUAGGUAAACUUACCCUGUUACGUAUCGGAAUAAUCAGUAUUUUCAUCAAUAUCAAAUUUCAAAGAGUAAUAAUUACAAAAUAGUAAUAUAAAUAAUUAUGAAAUUAAAAUAUUUUCUAUAUAAAAUGAAUGGAUCCAAAAACAUGUAUGAGUUUCUCAUGAAUAUCUCAAAGAUUUCAGUUUUUAAUUAAAAAAUCUUACUUUUUUCUUUUCUGUAAGUUCAAAAUUUGAAGUUAUGAGAUCUGUACAUUAACAUCUCAAUGAAAAUUCUCUAUCAUUUUGGAUACUUAAAGCAUAUAUUAAUGGAUUUUAAAAAAAAUAUUAUGAUAGUUGUAUAUUAGUAUAUUAUGAUGUUAUUAUUAUUUCGGAUUCAUUAAACUACCAUUGAUGAAGAUACUUUUGAUUGUAUAGAUCAUUGAGUGAGUAUCCCAUCAAUCACGGUACUAAAAUAAAUUCAUAACUUUCUGUUAAUUUAUUAGAGCUGUACUAAUUUUUCUUUUUUUCUUCUUAAAGAUAAAUGAUGCAUCCAUUAAAAUCUUUAUAUUAGCAAUUUAGCAUUAAUAUUCACAUUAUUAAUCAUAUAUAUCGUGCGCUAUACCAUGUUUCUAACUAAAGCCAAAAUUUCUGAUACUGUUACUCAUGAUUAAUCAUUCAUCAACCACCUUAAGUUUAUUAUUAUUUAAAUAAAAGCUUUAAAAACAAAGCAAACCCCUUGACAUAUAAUCUAAAAAACUAUUAUAAUAAUGUCAUAUACACCCCAACAAAAGCUUGGAAAAUAAAGUGACUAUUGAGGAGAGCGUAAAGAAUGUAUAUAAAAUGGUACUAUUUAGGAAAAAUACACAUGAAGUACAAAGUUACCAAAUGUACGAUCUAUGUGGCUGACGAUGAAAUACUAAAGUUACUAAACCAAAGAUGCUAGAAGAAUUUUUUAGAUUAUAUAAUUUAUAUAUUGCGGAUUGCUUAGUUUUCCACAUACACUUAAUUAUCAAACGGAUUCUAUAAAAAUGUGCUAUUUUUUCUAGUAACAAAUUGCAUUUUAAUUGGAUUUGAUAUAAAUGUAAAUUUCAAAGUAGUUUUAGUUUAUUUACAAAAAAAAGUAGUUUUAGUGAAUAAUUUUAAAUAAUAGAUCAACAAAUUAUUAGAUAGUUAUCAAAGAAAUAAAAAUUCGAGUGGCCAUUGUCCUUGUAUUCUUAAAGGAGCGUACAUGCCAAAACCAUUAACAAAUUCAUGAUAUAAAAAGGAGAAAGAAGCAAUUAUGGGUUAACCGACCACUGACCACAUAUUGAAUAUGCGAUGGACUAAAGCUUUAUUGAAAGUCUUGAGAAUCUGUAGGUUAGCCGGCUAUUGUAUAUGUUGUGGGCUAGAUUUUCUUUCUGGAGAUAGUUGAAUAUGUUCAUCGUACGUAGAUGCUAGAUUGUUAAAUGUAGAACUAUUAUACUUUGUUAAUGCCAUAUAAUGAAAAAUGAUGUAAUAGACACACAAAUAUAAAUACUCUUUAUCAUAUAUUAAACUCAUAUUCUUUGUGAGUGAUCAUAAGACAAUCAAAAGAUUACUUACAUCAAUCUUUGAGAUUUCCAUGAGGUAAAGAGUCAAAAAGUGUAGUGGAACACAAAAAUCUCAUAGGUGGGCAAAAGAAUAGAGAACUCGAUUUAAUAUAUAAACCCCUACUUAAGCAUUUUAAGCACAUAUAUAUAUAUAUAUACACACACAUAUGAGAGCUAGUCACAUCACAACUAACCAUUUAUAUAUCUCUCUAUCAUAUAAGUUUUAAUGGCGAUUUAAGAGACCCGUAGUUCUCUGAUCAUCCUCCGGUUACAGCAAAACACAAAUCAACGAUAAUCUCUCACUCUCUUUACUCAUUCUUCUUUAUUUGGAUAAGAUCUCUAUCUCUCCCUCGUUUUCAGCAGACUCAAUCCAAACCCUAACUUCUUUGAUUCCGUUCAGAAGAAUAUUAUUUAUUCCCUUCAAAAAACCAAUUAUAAAUAUUUUGACAAAACACUUUUUUCACCAUCCCUCUUUAUUUAUUCUUACUCCACGCCAUAAAUGUCAAAUUGUUCGAUUUGUACUUUGCCCUUAAUUACUGUCAACACCACCAUCACUUCUAUACUACAAUCCCUUCUCGUAUUCUCUUAAGAAUACGUACUUACAUACAUUACAAAUACACACCAAGCCCUUAUAAAAAGCAAGAGAAAAGAGAGAGAGAAGUGAUUCUUGGUUUAGCUUUCUUGAUGGAUUCAUGUUGGAGGAAAGAGAUGGAAGGUAAACUAGCACAUGACUACUUGAGUCACCACGGUAAGAUGACAUCACCGCACCACCGCAUCUCCGUCGUCACCGGACCGGUGAUCGUAGGCGCCGGACCGUCGGGACUAGCGACGGCGGCUUGUCUAAAAGAGAAAGGAAUCACUUCAGUACUACUCGAGAGAUCAAACUGCAUAGCUUCACUUUGGCAGCUCAAGACAUACGACCGACUCCAUCUCCACCUUCCUAAGCAGUUCUGUGAACUUCCGCUUAUACCCUUUCCCGACCACUUCCCAACUUAUCCGACAAAACAGCAGUUCAUCGAGUACCUUGAGGACUACGCCAAGAGGUUCGAUAUAAGGCCGGAGUUUGGUCAGACGGUUGACUCGGCUGAGUUUGAUGAGAAUCUUGGUAUGUGGCGCGUGAAGAGCGUGGGUGAAGAGGGCACGACGGAGUAUGUUUGCCGGUGGUUGGUGGCUGCGACGGGGGAGAAUGCUGAGCCGGUGGUCCCUAGGUUUGAGGGGAUGGAUAAGUUUGAGGCUACCGGGGUAGUUAAGCACACUAGUCACUAUAAGAGCGGCAGAGACUUCGCCGGGAAAAGGGUUUUGGUCGUCGGAUGUGGAAACUCCGGCAUGGAGGUUUGUUUGGAUCUCUGUAACUUCGAUGCUCAGCCUUCUCUCGUUGUCAGAGACGCUGUGCACGUCCUACCACGAGAGAUGUUGGGUACUUCGACUUUUGGGCUGUCCAUGUUGUUACUCAAAUGGUUGCCCAUCCGGCUCGUUGACCGUUUCCUCUUGGCGAUUUCCCGGUUUAUCCUCGGAGAUACCACCCUGUUAGGUCUUAACCGUCCCCGGUUAGGCCCAUUAGAACUCAAAAAUCGCACCGGAAAAACUCCGGUGCUCGACGUUGGGACGCUUGCCAAGAUCAAAACCGGAGAUAUCAAGGUGUGUUCCGGGAUAAGAAGGUUAAAACAACAUGAAGUUGAGUUCGAUAACGGAAUAACGGAGAGAUUUGAUGCCAUAAUAUUGGCAACUGGCUAUAAAAGCAACGUACCCUCUUGGCUAAAGGAGAAUAAAAUGUUUAGUAAGAAAGAUGGAUUCCCAAUACAAGAGUUUCCAGAGGGAUGGAGAGGUGAAAGUGGGCUAUAUGCGGUCGGAUUCACAAAACGUGGAAUUUUUGGAGCAUCAAUGGAUGCAAAUAAAAUAGCUCAAGACAUAUUCGAGUGGUCAAGAAAAUCAUAUCAACUGCAAUGCAAAUUGGGGAAUAGAAAGAAAAGGAAACUCAGUGAGAAUGAUUGUGAUUGUGGUGGGCAUUGAUGAUCUUUUGCUCAAAGGAGAGGAGGGGACCCUCUCUCUUUGCAUGCUUAUAGCCCACUUUGUUAAUCUUUCUACACCUUCUCUCUAUGUUUCAUUUUUUUUUUUAGUUUUGCUUAGUUAGAUAUGCUCUCUGUUUUUCUUGCCUUUUCAGUUCAUUUUUUGCCAGAAUUUGUAGUGAGAUUUUUUUUUUGUUACAUACAUAAUAUAUUUUUUUUGUAACAUGCAUAGUAUUUGUUUAACUAAAACUCUUUACCUUUUUAAACGGACGUGAGCAAUUGAAUUGUUAACAAAGAAUAAUAAUAAAACUAAGAAAAUUGUCAAUGAUUUUUCGUUUUCGAAAUGAUUUCAUUCCCUAGUAGAAGUAUCAUAUAAAUAUGGACCACUGUUUGUACAUUUGUCAGAAAUUAAGUCCUGCACAUUUAUAAUUCUGCUGACCCUUUUCCCAAUUAUUGCUAGAAGUACGGCCUCCACAUGAUUUCUUGUCAUAUUUUUGAAAUUAAACUAGCUAUAGCUUAUAUAAAUCUAUCGUAGAUCUCAUGUCAGAUAGCUUCGGUUUAGAUUCUAUCAUGGAUUUGUUAUCUUGGCCGCAUUAAUAAGAAUGGUAUAUGUAAUCGAAGCCAAUACAAAUUUUUGUGUGUGUGCGUAUCACUGGAAGAUCUCCGUAAAAAGAACUUACUAAUUACGCCUCUGUAUCUGCAUUGGGUUGGUGGUUUCGUGUAAAAAAUGAUUGUGUUGUGCUUCUUAAUCAAUUUCUGUUAAAAACAUGUUAUACACCGCAUUAUUAGGUAUUAUCUUUUUUAUUAGGUAUUAUAUUCUUCUUCUUUUUUUGCUUAAAAUUAUUCGGUAUUAUCAACGACUGGUUUCAGGUACAAAGAAAUUUAGAGUCUAAAGUUCUAAACAGAAUUCCUCUUUUUUAUUAACAAAAAUUACGCCCCUAUGAUGCUUUGGUGGCUGCUGUGGGAUUUUGCGGAAUGAAAAAAAUAUAUUCCUCAAAAUCAGCAAAAGUUAUAGUAUGAUGUAAAAUAAAACAUUAAACUCUGGCAAACAUAAACGAAAGGGAACAAGGAUCUUACAGUAGUUUACUUUUGUAAAAGGCACAUAAGUAACAAGCUGGAGCCCUACACUUUUGCCAAGCUGUUGGGGAAAAUUUAGGAAACAAUAUCAGAUAUUCAGAUGCCAAACCAAAUCUUUCAAUUUUAUUUUUGUCAACAUCAAAUCUUCAAUCUGAAACAUUACUUUUUAUUUCAAUUAAAAUUUUAGUGAAGCAAUUAGUAGUGGCUGCUCCAAGUAGGCAAACAGAUUUGAUAUAUCCUUACAGUUCCUAGUCCCACAUUCUUAACAUAAGAAGCACUUACUUUUUCAAUCAUGUUUCUGCUUUUUUUUCUGAAGCUGAUUUUUCUUUAAUUUAGUUUUUUUAUUAGUUUAUGCUUUUUCUUGGUUCUAAAUUAGGCUUGUCAACCAAAUUGUGUUGGAAAGUGGUGCUCUUCGACAGUAAACAUAAUAUAUGAUUGCGCUCCAUAUCUUAUACAAAUAUGACUAAGAAAUCAGAUUAUGUUUAACAAGAUUUUCAUGCAUUAUACAAAUGGAGUACUAGGUUUUAAAAUAUAUAUAUGCUGUGAUCACCAACACAAAAGAAAAUAUAUGUUCUCUCGGGAAAUAUUUAUUAUUUUUAAAUUCAUAUUAUUACAUGAUGAUGACUGCUGAUGAAUAUUGGACGUAUCUUUAGAGUUUUAUCAAGUAACCAAAGAAACAGAGGUAGUUUUCACCAAAAAAAUACCAGGCAAAGUUUGAUGUGUAGUUCUUUAACUGGUAACCCUGAAAUGAAAUUAAUGGAAUAAAAGUGGAUGAAAUAAAAUGAAUCAAAUUGGUUGACAAAAAAAUAUAUAUUUCAUUUAUUUAUUCCAAAUCUGUAAGUGGUAACCAUGAAAUAUAAUUAAUGAAAUCAAAAUAGAUGAAUUAGAUGAAUGUAAUUAAUUUAAAAUAUAAUACUUUCACCCCAAUCAUUCAUAAUCAAAAUUGUAAUGUAUUUCUUUGUAUAUUUUUGGAUUAUUCGUGGAAUUGAUAGAAUAAUUAUUUCAUUUCAUUCAUGUCAAAUGGUAAAAAAAUUACGGAAUUAAUGGACUAAGUCAUUCUACAUCAUUAUAUUUCAAAAAUCAAUAAUUCUAAGUUGCAGUUCCAAAAUAUUCCUAAAAGAAAUAUUUGUUUGAAUUGUUGUGGAAUUGAUUGAAUGAGUAUUUUAUUUUAUUAAUCUAAAUGGUAAAAAAAAUAGAAUUAAUAGAAUGAUUUAUUCCACAUCAAUUCAUUCCAAAAAAAUAAUAAUCGAAAGUUUUGGCUAAGAAUAUUACAUAUUUUAAAGAUGCAUAUAAAACUUUUGAAAAAAAAAACAAAAUAACAUCAAUUUUAAAAGGGUAUAAUAUAUAUAUGAUAUAUACUGUAUAAGAUUGUAUGGUAUAUUUUAAAAUUCAGAUUUUGAUAUUACGUAUUUGAUAUUGAGAUCUGUCACUGUAUUUAAAACACUUGGGAAGCUACAAUGUCCCAACCAGAAAUGGCUGCUUUGUGGUCCGAAGUGGCUCUCGUCUUGGCAAUUCUCCAGUUCCAUUGAAUCUACUGAAAUUUUUUAAGAUUUGACCAAAAGUUGAAAGCGGUAACGAUGACAAUUGACAACGCGGUAUGGUGAUUAAUUUGACUAUUAUCCGUGGUUAGGGUCACGGAAAGAAAAGUUUGACACAUAAAAAAUAAUUCUAUAAUACUAAUAGCUAAGAAUAAUUUGUCAAAAAUGCAAAUUUUAAAAAAAAAUGUGCUUUGUUCUACUUUGGUAGUAAUUUCCUGGGACUUUGAUUUGCAUUAUUCGAAUAGAGCAGGUUUUAAGUAAUACUUCCAAUUUUUCAUAUCUUCUAACAUAAAUUUGACGUACUUGGAACAGUUUUCUCUCUUUAACCAGACGUUGGCACGGAAAACCCACCCCAUACCUGCAUUUUCGUGGCCACACAAUAGCCAUUUUUCAUUCAUUUCUAGUUUACUGCACACACGCUGUUAGUUUCAUUCGAAAAGUCGACCCGUUAAAAGGAUAUAUACUUAAAUAUCGAGUACAAUACUAUAUAUAAUGCAUAAAUGUGCCGUUCUGAACAAUAUAUGAUGCAACCACUAUACUAAAUGAGUUUUUUUUUUUGUUUUUGAACAACAACUCAAUGAGAUUUUAAGUUCAGAUGAUACAACUACUAGACUAAAAGGGCUUCCAAGUUAAGUUAGGCUUUGAUUGGUGACAUGUUUUACACUUGAUUUAGUUUGAGUUAAGAAUAUUAAUCAGAAAUGUUACCAAUCAUGAUUUUGUUGUGAACUUUUGAGUUUGUGUGUUGAUUUAGAAUGUGGUAAGGUUGAGUUACACUUUGAGUUAUCUCCUUUGUAAAAUCAACAAAUCAAAUGUUAAGCCAACAUCAAAGAAAAUUGCAUGUAUUAGAGCUUGAGUUGACUUGAGUUAGUAACUUUUUGUUUAGUUGUUCACGUUUUUUAUUUCUAUAGAAAUUUAUUAACUUUUAAAACAUGGCAAUUGUCCAACAAUUACUUUGGUUAUUUAAUAAAUAUUCUCAACUAUUGUACACAACUAUUUAUUUGCUAGCCAAAAUACUUUAUAAACUUUCUUACUUCCAUUUAAAUUAAUU